GUCCGCCAGAGAGACGCGCGCGCGCCAGAUUCAUUUAUCGAGUUAUUUUUCCAUGAGCGUCACGUUGGCGGCCUGACGGGUGCGGCCAUAUUUCCAGAGAGACCAUUCGCAAGUCGGCGACGGGAAACGACGUAACGUCCGCUCACAAACCGCAUCCACCGCCGCCGUCGCCGCAACCUAACUGCGCGAUCCACGAAUACGCUGUCGCCGUAUCUUCGGGAUUUUUCGUAAAUUUUAUUAUUAAAUCUUCCAACUGUAAUAUUUUACUGGUUACGCGUUUUAAAUAAUUAUUCGUUCGUUCAUCGUGCUCAACGUAGCGGCCAGAGUGAUAUCGCACACGCGUUAUUGUCGUUCACCGUCGUCGUCCCGCCAACGGUCUCUCGCGCGUCGGCCGCUGUCAAAACUCGAGUCGUAUCAGACUUCCGGUGCGUGCUCACACGAGUGCUGUUGUCCGACGAUAAAUCGUCUCCGUUCGCCCGUCACCGCGCUAGCAGUUGCAGAAAAACUACCACACAACCUACGCCAUGUCCGAAAGAGAAGAAAACGUAUACAAGGCGAAACUCGCCGAACAGGCGGAGAGAUACGAUGAAAUGGUAGAAUCCAUGAAAAAAGUAGCAUCAUUAGAUGUCGAAUUAUCUGUAGAAGAACGAAACCUGUUAUCUGUAGCAUAUAAGAAUGUAAUUGGAGCUCGACGUGCAAGUUGGCGCAUUAUUUCAAGUAUUGAACAGAAAGAAGAGAACAAAGGUGCUGAAGAAAAGCUAGAGAUGAUCCGCCAAUAUAGAUCGCAAGUUGAGAAAGAAUUACGGGAUAUUUGUUCAGACAUUCUAAAUGUACUUGAUAAACAUUUAAUAGCAUGUGCUGCAUCAGGCGAAUCUAAAGUUUUCUAUUAUAAGAUGAAAGGUGACUACCAUAGAUACCUGGCUGAAUUCGCUACUGGAGAUGAUAGAAAAGAAGCUGCUGAACAUUCUCUGGUCGCCUAUAAAGCCGCUAGCGAUAUCGCUAAUCAAGACUUACCUCCUACUCACCCAAUAAGGUUGGGUUUGGCAUUGAAUUUUUCUGUAUUCUACUAUGAGAUUCUCAACACCCCUGAUAGAGCUUGUCAUUUAGCUAAAAAAGCUUUUGAUGAAGCAAUUGCUGAAUUGGACACGUUAUCCGAAGAGAGCUAUAAAGAUUCCACACUUAUAAUGCAGUUGUUAAGGGACAACCUAACCUUGUGGACUUCAGAUAUGCAAGGAGAUGGUACAGAAGCUGAACCUAAAGAGCAGCUUCAAGAUGUUGAAGAUCAAGAUGUCUCAUAAAUGCCUUCUGUGACUGCUCUAUAAUAAAAUAACUAUAAUUGUCAUCGAAAAAAACAGUGUCUGUGUACAAAUAAUAUCAAAUAUGAAAACAUAAAAAAUAUGCAUUCAAUAGUUACAGCCCUAUAAGUAAAGUAAAGCGACUCACUCCAAGACUGUCAAAUUUUUUUUUUCGUACACUUUGAUUUUACUUUUAUCUCAUUGGCAGGGGAACAUACGACAGCAAUUUUGAUUUAAUCUUAUACAAUUCCCAAAAAAUAAUAAUUUAAUAAAUAAAAAAAAAAAAACAUAUUUUAUGUCUUUCUGUUCAGUAUUAUGUGUUAAAAGUUUUAUUUUUGUAUUUAAAUUAUAAGGCUUUUUAUUAUUUUUUUAAUUAUUUUUUUUGUUUUUUUUUUCUAGAAAAAACGAUUAAGCAAAUCGUAGUUUACCUCAAUUCUUUGUGUUGAUUACCCAAAUGGGUAACAUUUUCUUUCUAUUUUAUACUAAAGAAUAUAUAUUUAUACUAAAUCAUCACUAAAAAUCUCAUUUAGAAUUCAGAAAUAGUAGGUACAUUGGGUGUGCCGCCUCCAAAGUCAGUUCCUGUAAUUUAACCAGUGAUUUUGUUAUUCGUUUAUUAAAUUUAUUUACUUUAAUAUUAGUAGUCAAUACAAAACUUAGCAUGACCAAUUAUUAUUUAUUACUUUUUGGUUAUUAUUGCACUUUUCAUUUUCAAUGAUAAUAAAAUAAAAUUUAAGAAAAAAACAUUUACAUAUAAUAUUUAUAAAAAUUGUACAAAGAAAAAUGGAAUCAAAGUGUACCGUAGUGUUCUUGUUUAGUAUACAUUUUUAUUUUAUACACUUAUUCACUUUUAUUUUUGAUUUUUGCCAAAUUUUCACUUUAACAUACUAAAUUAAAAUACCAUACACAUUUAUAUAUAUGUAUAAUAUAUAUAUAUAUAUAAAUAUGUAUGCUUUUAUGUCAAUUAGUUUUUACUUUUAUAACAAGUAUUUGACUUAGAGCAUGAAGUAUUUCGGGAUCAUUAUAUAGUGCUAAUUUCAUCAUAAAUUUCUAGUCUAACCCCUGCCUCUUAUGAUAUCAUUAUUUAAUCAACUAAUUCAUAACAGAAUAAUAGUCUCUUCAAACAUAAUUUCAGCAAUAAUUAAUUGUAAUACUAUUAAUUGAUAGUUAAUGAUUUUUUAACAUCUAUAACGCAAAGAAAACAAGUGCAACAUUUUGAAUGUUUUCGUCAUUCCGUUUUCUUAGAUUAAAAAAAAAUAAAAAAAAUAAUAAAAUGUAGGUUAUGUGUUUAUUAUAGAAUUAUUAUAGGGUUUAUUAUAUUAUAAUAUAUGAUAAUUAACUUUAUGAAAUUUUUGUUAAACGAAGAAAAAAAAAUCGUAAUGCUUUCUCAUCGAGUUUUUUCCAAAAAGUUUGAUUUUUUUUGGUUCAUACAUUAUAGAUAUUGUAACUAAUAAAAUAAAAAAAAAAACCAAUGUCAAUAGUAUACUCUGCGAAUAAUAACAUUUAAACGAUAAUAACAAUAUAUUAUAUCCAUUUGUUACGCUCUAUUCUGUUUAUUUAUCGCACGAGUCUAUUGAUAGCAUUUCGAGUUUUUUUUUUUUUUGUGAUAUUUUUUUUUCUUGCGCUGUAAUCAUUUAACUACAUGUACUGACAAUACUUGUGUGUAUUUUUUUUAUCGUGUGUGUCGAUCACAACGAAUACGGACCAAAAUGUUUACAGUUAAAAACUUGAAAAAAAAAAUGAAAAAUUUACGUAGUUCUUAGCCACCUAUCGAUUAUUUAGUCUUAUUUAUUGUGUAGAUUUUUUUUCUACUUCUCAGUAUACGUGAUUAUUGAAAAAUAAUAAUAAAUAUUUGAAGAAACUUAUUUGACAGUGUUAUAGGAGCGCGUUUCCUUUGCCGCCCCGCCAGCUAACCGAAAUUUAAAUAAUCUUUUAAUUAUAUGUAUUCAACACUUGAACAACAAUACAACUAUAGUUUAACUAGUAUGCGUGUGUGUGUGUGUGUGUGUAUGCGUGUGUGUGAUCUCGCUCGUAUGUAUGUCGGACAGGGAAUCUCUGUACUCUAUAUACUCCAACGUCCCACCACCCCCUUCUGCAUACGACGACGAUGACCCGCCUAACGUAACUUUUAGUAGACAUGUCAGUAACUUUUUUUACGUACAAUUUUAAGAUGUAUAUUAUUAUUUAUUUGUCUCUUUAAACGAUAAUAAUAUUAAUAUAAUUAAUAACAUUAAAACUAUUAUAAUAUAUGCGCCAUUGCAUUAAAUUUUUACAUCUUUCAAA